UUGAGGGCGGGUUUUGAGUAGGCAUGAGUUCGGCAGUUAAGUUAGUCCACAUUUUUUAGCUAAACCUGGCAACCCUCUUGUCCUGUGCGUUUGGUAGUCGAGCGAGUAGUAGUUUUAAUUUAAGACCCAAAAGAGUUUUAAUAAACUCACCCAACAGAUUUUUAAAAAGUUAAAUAUGCCAAGGAAGUGUGUUGUUGCUGGGUGCAGUAAUACCCACAAGGACGGGGUUACGACUAAUUUGUGGCCCAAAAAUGAAAAGAUCGCAUUGAAGUGGGAUCGGUUUGUCCGGUUGACGCGAGUGGAUUGGAUUAAGGGAACCACGGCCACUACUGUAUGCGGUGCUCAUUUCACCCCGGAGGACUUCGAUGGCUAUAACCAGUGGAAGGCAGGAUUCGGAAUGAGACUGCGACUGAAACCAUGUGCUGUGCCGACGGUGCAUGUGAAGCCUGACAUUUCAACCUCUGUUUCUGACCAACCAAACAUAACGUCAAGAACAUCAUCAGUGAUGAAGAUAAACCGGGUGGAACACGUGACGUUGGGCCUGACGACAAAAUAUGAGGGACGUCAGUAUGAAACGACAACAUGCAACAUUACAGUACCAUCACCUCCAAGAUGCGCUGUGGUAAAACACAACGUCUCCACACAGGCUUAUUAUUACAGAGAAGAAAAGAAAAACAAAGCCGUCCAAGUCUGGCCAAUCCGGAAGAAUGUCGGAGUCAAUACUUCCUUUACGGAGGACAUACCACGGAAGGAAGUGAACUGUUUACACUCUGUUGCGGUGUACAUGGCCAGGAAGUACGUGGUCUAUGAAGACUGCCUCCUUCCGUUGUUCAAGACUUGUCCUGUCUGUCGCAGCUCCUGCAGCGUCGACAAGUUCAUCCAAGAUACCCUGCUCACCAUCAACCAGUUCUGCAACCACUGUGACCACCGGAGCCAAUGGAAGAGCCAGCCCUUUAACCUCCCAGCUAGAUACCUGUCCUCUUCAACAGCUGCAGCAUCGACUGGCACAACUGAUGCUUCGAUUGGCAUAACAACUGGCACAUCCACUGACGCUCUGACUGACUCCUCAAUUGGCCCAACUUGCACCUUCAAUUCUCAGACCCUGAAGACAGCGGAGGACGGGGAUCUUCUGUUGGAGAAUUACGAUGGUGAUAUUUGCAACAAGGGUCUGGAGGACAUUCAGACCCUGGUGUUUGAGACAACCUUUCGUAUGCAUGACGACGACAAAGCCAUGAAGAAGAUAUGUCAACGUCAGUCCUUGGAGGAGGAAGAGACUAAGGAGGAGGAGGGCUCCGAUGUGGAGUGGCAACCUGAGGUUGAGUUAAGUGCUCUUCUAGCCUCAGAUUCCGAAUGGGAUUCCCGGGCGCUCUGCCCGGAUUGUGGCACGUUUAUCAAAGGCUCCAAGGCUCACGUCUGCGAGCAUGCCAAGCCAUUUGUCUGCCAGGAUUGUGGCAAGCGGUUUGUUAAUGAGACCUCUCUCAACAUUCACCAAAGAAUCCACAAGCCAGGCUACGUGCACGGGUGCAAGUACUGCCUCAAGCCAUUCCAGAGCAGGCCGGAGAAGCUGAGGCAUGAGGAGAGUCACCCGCGUGUAGAAAAGCCCUAUGAAUGUCCCGACUGCCCCAUACGAUUCACCGACAAUAAAGCCCGGGACGGCCACCUUCAAAGCCACAGAGGGCCCACAUGGUACAUUUGCGACAUCUGCAAAAUGGAGUUUACAAGGAGUAGCUACCUGGAAAGACACAUGCUAGUCCACAGUCGGGGAGAAGCCCUACACAUGCCCCAAGUGCCAGCGCUCCUUCAACCAGGCGAGCCACCUCAAGUCUCACAUGCGCCUUCACACUGGCGAGCGGCCGUACAAGUGCCGGCAUUGUGACAAGUACUUCAACCACAACGUGAGUCUGAAAAGUCAUGUCCAUCGCUCCCAUCCGGACCCUGCCUCUGGGACCAAGGAGAAGAAACAGGAGCCAGUCUCAAACUCAGACACUGACUGAACAACAGCUAGUGAUCGAGGAGAGUCGAAAGACUAAUGCAGGGUCUGGGCAGGAAAGAGUGAAGAGGGCAGGGAGGAAGAGGAAACGCCUGACUUUUGACCCUGAGGAGUUUGGGGAGAGUGAGCGCAACAUUGACUCAGACUUCAACCCAGGGGCAGAAGAGGGCGGUAGCAACAAGAAGACUACAGGCAGACCAAAAGGCAGGCCAAGAAUGAGACCAGGGACCACCAGAGAGAUGUAUACAGGAAGUGUGACUAAAGAGCAUGAUGGAUCCAACCUGAAUGAACAGUGGGAGGAGGACAACGGGUACCAAAAGGAAGGCCACUAGUAGGGGGAGAGGGGGACACCAAGAGCCAUUGAAGAGAUGCAUGAGGGAACUGCUUGCGACGAGCUUGAUGAAUCAAACCUGAAUGAACAAGUGCCAUCAAUAGAGACUGCUCUUUCUGAACUUUUAGAGAGUUGUUGGCCGAUUCAAAAUGUAGAUGGGGCUUUUGACCCAAUGCUAAAUCAACUGUUAGUUAUUGAGGAUUUGUCC